UCGGUGUUUAUUUAAGCAAAUAUCAGCAGUUUAAUGCCCUAAAUGCCCCUAUCCUUUCUAUAUAAACCUGAAACUUCUCUUCCCAAAUCGACCUCAUAAACGGUUGCAAAAAAGAUAAGGAAGAGCGAGAAAACAAAGCGGUAAAAUAUACCUGCGGAGAUGAUGAUUGCAUACCUAGACCAGCAGCUCCGAUUAGGGCACGGCGCCGAAGCGACCCCUUGUCUCGGCGGUGGAGAUCCCGGCCCGGAGCUCGUCGCCGCAAGCCAAGACUUCGGCGGUGUGAUUCGGGCACUCCCCGCCGUCGUGCUCCGCCCGGGCUCCGCUGAAGACGUGGCAGCAGCGAUCCGGAUGGCUUUGAGAUCCGAUCACCUGACGAUCGCCGCCAGGGGGAAUGGUCACUCGGUGGCCGGCCAGGCGCUGGCGCCUGGUGGGAUCGUGCUGGAUAUGCGAUCGAUGGGGAGGAUCGAGCUCGUGUGGAGCGAUGACGGGCAACCGUGCGCCGACGUCGGGGGUGGGGUUUUGUGGGGGGAAUUGCUCGAGUGGGGGGUGAGGGUGCACGGGAUGGCGCCGAGAUCGUGGACGGACUACUUGGGGCUUACGGUAGGGGGGACGCUCUCGAACGCUGGGAUCAGCGGUCAGGCCUUCCGCCACGGUCCCCAGAUCGCGAACGUCGCCGAGCUCGAGGUCGUCACCGGCGACGCCGAGCGCGUCGUCUGCUCCCCUUCUCACCGCUCAGAUCUCUUCUUCGCCGCUCUCGGCGGCCUCGGCCAGUUCGGAAUUAUCACUCGCGCACGCAUCCCUCUUUACCGCGCUCCUCCUCUGGUGAGAUGGAUUAGAGUCGUGUACAGACGGGUAGAGGAGUACGUGGCGGACGCUGAAUGGUUGGUGAAGGGUGGGGUCUUCGAUUACGUGGAAGGUUUCGCGUUCGUAAACAGCGGGGAUGAUCCGGCGAAUGGUUGGGAAUCGGUUCCGAUCGGACCGGGUUCAGUGUUCGAACCGGACCUAAUCCCACCCGGCUCAGGCCCACUCCUCUACUGCCUCGAGCUCGCCCUCCACCACGACCUCAACGAAGACGUCGAAAAGAAAGUGGAAGAGAUGCUCAGGCAACUGAAGUACAUCAAGGGGCUGAAGUUCACGAUGGAAGUGAGUUACGUGGAGUUCCUGUCACGUGUGAACCUGUCUGAAUCGGAGUCACGUGCGAACGGGAGUUGGCACGCGCCGCACCCGUGGCUAAACAUCCUCAUCUCGGCCUCCAACAUCGUGGACUUCGACCACAACGUCUUGCAGCCCAUUCUGAAAGACGGCAUCGGUGGCCCCAUGCUCAUUUACCCGCUUCUCAAAUCCAAGUGGGACCCACGGAUGUCGGUGGUGUUGCCGGACAGCGAGGUGUUCUACUUGGUCGCUUUGCUCCGGUGCAACCAGCCGUACCCGGUCGGCCCACCGGCGGAGGAGCUGAUAGCUCAGAACCGUGAGAUCUUGAACCUGUGCGAAUCCAACGGCUACGAUCACAAGCUGUACCUCCCACACUACGAGAGCCAGACGGUGUGGGCCGACCAUUUCGGCAGGACUUGGGCCCGGUUCGUUGACCGCAAGGCCCGGUAUGACUCCAGGGCCAUUUUGGCACCGGGCCAACUCAUCUUCUCCCGGGCCCACCCUCCUUUCUCCUCCUGAUCAAAUCCUCACCGUUCACUACAUUAGAAUCUUGCACACAACCCUAUACAUUGAUGAUGUAUUGCUUUUAUGGAGAAUGAAAUUAUAUAUAAAUUGAUGAAUUAAUUAUUUAUCUAUA